CCUUACCCAUUUCCGUUACAUUACACUUACCCUUACCCUACCCUUCUCUCUCCACAAAGGGUCUCUCUCUCUCACACACAUUUUCUGGAAGAAGAGAACUCCUGUAGUACCGGAAUUCUGUCACCUGCAACUGCAAUUCAGUCGAGAAUAUAUAUAUAUAUAUAUAUAUAUCUGUUUCAGAUCUCAGCCUUCUCCAAUCACCAUUAGCUGUAGAUAAGAGUGAUAAAGUUUCGAAGAGAGCGAAAACUUUCCCCAAUAAUAGUUGGGUUGAUUUUGUGAGUUUAUCCAUUAGCCGCGACUCCAAUAACAGAAAACCCCUUUCAGUUUCAGUUGCUUUGAUUUCUUUUUUAUCCAAUUUGCUCUUAAUAUAGACGGAAAAAGUAGUCGUCUUCUUCUGGUUGUGGCUUUUUUAGGUUUAGGUUUUCUGGGUUUCGACGGUUUAUCGUCUAUUUUUUUCCUCGAAAGAUGAGGAGAAACCAAGAUGAGCAAUCUAGGGUUUUCUCCGAGCUCUGCGCUCUCAUCUUCAGCCUCCUUCGUUCUCCUCCGAUCCCCAUAUCUAACCCUUCUUCGGGCAUGGCACCAUCUGCCACGCCAUUAAGGCGAAGGUCGAUCUCGCAGGUGUCUCCAGCUGCGUUCGCUUCGCUUCUUCUCGGAAUUUCGCUUUCUUUGAUGCUUUGUGGUUCUGUUACCUUCGUGAUUGGAUUUAUUUUAAUGCCUUGGGUUCUUGGAAUGGUCAUGUUUUUCUACUUUGUUGGGAUCGUUUCCAAUCUCUCCGUGUUGGGUCGCUCGAUUCUCUGCCCCACUGCUACAUCUGCCCUGUCCCGGAAGGAGGUGCAUGCAUGGAACUUUUUGUGAGGUUAAGCCACUGCUAGAUGAAGAUUCAAGAAGAGAAAUGUCACCACUGAAGUGAGUUGCAUUAUGAGAGGGUGAUGAACACCUUUAGGAAUUUGUAUAGUUUACAAAACUUUUAUCUUUUUGUCAUGCUGCUCUCAUCUAUCGAUACAGAUUUAGAAUUUGCCUAUCGAAGCCGAAACUAUGCUUGUGUGUUCUUGGAUGGCGACUACUGAAACUUUGUGGAUGUAUUCGACAUUGAGAAUGACUAGUGUAUUACUGAACUGAUCCAGAUGGUAUUAAAUUAGUCGAGAAUAUCUACUUAUCUGAUUCUCAUUUUA